AUGAGACUAAGCGAGAUAACAGAGCCGCCGGAUGAGUAAGUUGUACAUUUAUAGAGCUUUGAAAACUGACAAAACAUUAGUUAGAACAUUUGCAGGGACCACAUGACCACCUACGUCAUCGGGAUAUUCGUGGGUGGCCUGGUUUUGCUGGUGCUCAUGGUACUUAUGAUCAUUUUUGUGAGAAAAUGUCUGAAUCGAGGUAAGCGGGGGGAAAUGAGGGAAAGCACCACAAAAAAAAUUUUAUAAUAAAAACAGAAUUUUUGUGGCUUUAUUGGACCUCAUAAUGAAGCUCAUGAAUCCCUUGAAAUCAUGUAAUAACAGUAAAAUUGAGAAACCCUACAAUAGACAUGUCUCCGGGCCAGGCUUUCCAAAAUUUUUCGACCGCCCCAGGCCGACUAAUUUUGUGAUUUUUCGUAACGCCCCAGGCUUUGAUUUCAGCCCCAGUCCGGCUAAGGUCGGCCCGGUUUUAAAAAAAAUCGGAUUCUCCGAAAAUUCUUCAAGAAAUGGCGAGUUUGCGACAAAUUCACCAAAAAAUAUUGCAAAGAUUACAUCAAGAAAACAAAAAAAUGUCGUUAUGUAGCCGCGAGCCCUGUUGAGCCUACAAGUAGAUAUAGCAAAACGUUUUGGUUACAAUUGUGACAGAAACAUUUGCUUGGCCGAGGGAAUAUCUCCAUAACGACAAGAAUAAUGAAGUUCUCUCGGAAUUGCAAGGAAAGAAACGCUGGUUUUGUCUUUUUUCACGUGUUUUUCUUGCAAAUUGCCAGAAAUGGUAGUUAGGGCGAAAAAUGAAAUCUGAAUUUUGAAAUACAAAUUGGAUUUUAACCUUGGGAUCUGCAGGAAUACUCACGAUUUUUAUACCAUAAGUAAAUCAAAUAUUCUAUAGAAAAAUUGAGGCUUUAUUGUUUAUUUGAUUUUCAUAAGAAAUAAAAAGAUUUCCAAUAAAAAAAAAUUUUUUUCCCUGACCGUCUCUCCACGGUUUGCAUAGUCUCUUUUCCCCCCAGAGUUUGUUGAAUAUCUCGGCUACAACUUGAAAACGGGAACUAAAUUUUUUAGCAAUUGAUUGAUGGUCUAGAUGGACUCAGUAUGCAAAUUUUUAAGAAAUUCUGAGCGUUCACCCUCUGGAUUUUGAAUUUUUUAAAUAAAUUGAUAGGGCUGAGAGGCGGAUGUCUUGUGGGCUCUGUAAUGUGUUGCAUAGAGGUUUGAUGAGCCUUUUUAUAAUCUUUUUCAUUGUAUUUUGUCUUCCAGAAAGGCUAAAUCAUCAAAAUUUUUCUGCUAAAAUUUCGAAAAAUUUCAAAAUUUCAAUUUUAAAAUUUUCUUGCCAAAACUUGUCUAUUACAAUAUAAUCGAUACAAUUUUUGUUUCUUUUGCAAUCUAAUCGAUAUAAUUGCUUUUUCAGAGGCUCCGGUACGUCCGCCAGAGGCCAGUAGCGUGCCGGAGACGCCGGCCGAGCCCUAUUAUACGGCCGAUCAGUUCGAAUACAAGGGCACCCUCUACUUGAAGAAGGACUGGGACCUGAAGAAUGUGACGGACGACGCCCCCAUCGAUCCCGACUUGGCCCCUCCAUCCGCUCGAAUCCAACACACGACGGGGCAGGGCAACGUUGUCUACGAAAUUGGGUGCGAAUUCGAGGCUCCCAAGUCCCAGAAAACACAAGGAUCGACGGUGGUGCAGAAGGUGGAGGAGAAAAUUGGAGCGGAAGAGGAGAAUUCGGGGAAGAAUGAGGAGGAAAAAACACAGCAAUCGGAGAAUAAUGGGGCCAAAUCAAAUGUGAAGAAGAAAGAAGGGGGGAAAUAA